UUUAUUGUCUAUGGUCACAAUAAUAACAAACCAUAACAGAGCCUGAGUUAAAUGUAUUAAAAUAAUUAUUUUUAAGUUCAAAACAAUAAUAUGAAGAAACUAUGUCCCGGUUUGUACUGUGGCAGAGUGGAAAUUGUGGAUGGUAUUUUAGGUUCCUGCGGACCAUGUCCCACCGGCUUCAGAAUCAACGAACAGCGCCAAUGUGUUCCCUGUGUCCUAGAUCCGACAUGUUAUGAUAUGUUAUUUCUGGGUUUUAUGUUUAUGCUCCCUCUCAUUAUGCACUUUUACUUUAUUAACCAUUGCUGUAAAAAUCUGAAAGAACAAGUAGUAAUCUUUGGCUCAGCAGUUCUGGAACUUGUAUGCUCUGCCGUGAUAUCGAUACUUCUGAUGGAUCCCGUUGGGAGUUUUCGUUUGCAUACGUGUGGAGUAAAGCAGUUCUCCGAUUGGUAUACAUUAUUCUACAAUCCGUCACCAAAUUAUGUCUCAAAAUUGCACUGCACUCAGGAAGCAGUGUAUCCUCUACAAACGAUGGUGCUGUUGUUUUAUUUUAUGUGUCUUGUGCUAAUGCUCAUCAUGAGAUUUUUUCUGAAAAGCGUCUUUGGGAUUUACAAGAAGAGGGCUGUGUAUAGCGCCAUGUAUUUCUUUCCUAUUUUGAUGUUUUUGCAUAGCAUGGCAUGCGGUCUAAUAUAUUAUGGGUUUCCAUAUUUGAGUAUUUUCAUAUCGAUGAUAACAAAUGCUUGGCAUCAAUCCACAAAAUCAAAUCGUCCAAUUCAGACCAUAUUUAAAUCAACAAAGAGUUUAAUCAUAACUGGUGGGCACUGGUUUUUCUUGGCAUUUGGCAUCGUAUCACUGCGCCAUCAUUUUAUUUUCUUAUUAUUAGUACCAAUUCCUUUUUUCUUUUAUAGUUUAACAUUACCAUUCACAGAUCCCAGUGAGUUUUUGGAAAAUGAAGACUGACACUAUUUAAUUAAAAAAAUGGAAUUAAUUUUAUUUCUUCAUACACUAUUACUAAAUAUCAACUCAAUGUAUUAUAUAAAAAAGAAAUAAAAGAUAAAUUAUUCAUUUACGUUUAGAUAAA